AUUUCGAAGAGCUCCGUUACUGUUAGAGAAAUCAAGUAAUUCUCAUCUAUCCUUGAGUACAUCCCUGGUUGCUAAUGUCACCUUAGGAAGUACAACUUCAUCUCCAUACCAAUCACCAAUCUAUUUAAAUUGUACCCUCGAUUCUCCUAUCUUCAGCAACACAUAUUCAUCAAGCUGCUACCACAACCAUGCCAAUUCUCAAGCAACUCACCUCAAUUACUGCCCGGCUGGGCCAGCCCAUCAAAACCGCCAACUUCCGAGCCCAACAACCACUUAUCCAGCCAAUCAACCAAAACAGGCGAGCCUUCUACGCCUCCCCGAGGCCUCAAACAACUCAUCAGCAAAAGGAGGAAGAAAGUAAAUUCCACGAUCGAAACAUCCUCGACCCUCAGCGCAAUGAAGGCACCCAAACGGGUACAGAUAAUGAAGUCGCUAGCCAUUCAUCAGCCUACGACCCAAACACGACGAGGCCUGAGAGCGAGAUCCAAGAGUCUGAGAAGGAGAGUCAGCAGCAGGGUAAAGUCAGCAACCCGCUGAAUGUUAGUCCGGGGAAUACUGAAGUGAGUGGCACACGACCAACGCAGGAGGGGCUCCCGGACCGUAACGCAGAGAAAGAGGUGACGAGUGGAAGGGGAGCGGCGCGGAAGAAUAGAGAGGUCAACAAGCCGAAGAAGUAGACAAGGGUUGUACAAUGGAUAUUUGGCCAUAGUAUCUGAAUACCCCGUGUUUGGCACAAUACUGGAGUUAACAUAAAUUGUGUUUUAUACAAGACUACACGGCUC